GCCUCAGCUGAACGGUUCUCCGUCCCUUUUUCUUCUCGCCGACUUCCUACUUCCUCCUCUUUCUUCUCUUCACCUCUCUCCUCCUCUCCAAUUCCCCCCCUCCCUCCCCUCUCAGGCCUCCGGUGGUGGUCCUUGACGAAGAUCGGUCUACAUACUUCCUAUCCACCCCGACCUGAUCACCCUCUCACGGUGUUGUCCCUUGGGUCCCUUGGUAAGUCCCCCCGUUAGGAGUCAAUCCCCCCCCGCACUGUCAAUCGUGGUCAGGCUGGACAAUACUUAACCCCCCGGUGUUGUCCUCCCACGUCCACGUCCCUUGUUUGAGGAUCACAUGCCAUAUCUUCCCACACAUUUCCAUUCACAUCCACACAUCCAGUUGCUGACAGCAAUUGCUUCAGAGCAUCAUGUCGUCCACCGCGAUCCCCAAGCGCAUGGCGCUGAACCGCAACCCCGGGACCGACUCGUCCGUUCCCUCCAUCGCCCCCUCCCCCAUGGAGAGCCCCCGGCAGUCCCCGUCGUCCACCUCCCUGUCGUCCAUGGCCUCUGAUGCCGAGGCCACCAAGGCUUCCUCCAAGCUCCUCGACACCUAUGGCAACGAGUUCAAGAUUCCCGACUACACCAUCAAGCAGAUCCGUGAUGCCAUUCCGGCUCACUGCUACCAGCGCAAGGCCUGGACCAGCUUGUACUAUGUCUUCCGGGAUAUCGCGAUCCUGGCCGCCGUCUUCUAUGUCUUCCACAACUAUGUGACCCCGGAGAACAUCCCGUCCCUGCCCGUCCGCACCGGGCUCUGGGCUCUGUAUACCGUCGUCCAGGGUAUGGUCGGUACCGGUGUUUGGGUGCUGGCUCACGAGUGUGGUCACCAGGCCUUCUCGCCCUCCAAGGUGUUGAAUGACACGGUUGGCUUUAUCUGCCACUCCGCCCUCUUGGUGCCGUACUUCUCCUGGAAGAUCUCCCACGGCAAGCACCACAAGGCCACCGGUAACAUUGCCCGCGACAUGGUCUUCAUCCCCAAGACCCGUGACCAGUAUGCGUCCCGUGUCGGCAAGGCCGUCCAUGAGCUCAGCGAGUUGAUGGAGGAGACCCCUAUUGCGACCGUCAUCCACAUGCUCCUGCAGCAGCUGUUCGGGUGGCCCUUGUACCUCCUCACCAACGUGACUGGCCACAACCACCACGAACGCCAGCCCGAAGGCCGUGGCAAGGGCAAGAGCAACGGAUACUUUGGCGGUGUCAACCACUUCAACCCCUCCAGCCCUCUGUAUGAGGCCAAGGAUGCGAAGCUGAUCCUCCUGAGCGACUUGGGUCUGGCCAUCGUCGGCAGCGCCCUGUACUAUAUUGGCUCGACAUACGGCUGGCUCAACCUCUCGGUGUGGUACGGCAUCCCCUAUCUGUGGGUGAACCACUGGCUCGUGGCCAUCACCUACCUCCAGCACACCGACCCCAGCCUGCCCCACUACCAGCCCGAGUCAUGGACCUUCGCCCGUGGUGCCGCCGCCACCAUCGACCGUGACUUUGGCUUCGUCGGCCGUCACAUCUUCCACGGCAUCAUCGAGACCCACGUUCUGCACCACUACGUCAGCACCAUCCCCUUCUACCACGCGGACGAGGCCAGCGAGGCCAUCAAGGGAGUGAUGGGCAGCCACUACCGCACCGAGGCCCAGUCCGGAUGGACCGGCUUCCUCAAGGCCCUCUGGACCAGCGCCCGCGUGUGCCACUUCGUGGAGCCCACCGAGGGCGCCGAGGGCGAGGGCAAGGGCGUGCUCUUCUACCGCAACACGAACGGCAUCGGGCUUCCUCCCACCAAGAUCCACGCCCAAUAGAUUUCGAUCUGUCUAUACAUAAAACGUGUGACGUUGCAGUAUUUAUUUUGGUUUUUCCGUGGUGCUCUCGCAGGAUCGAUAUGGCCACGAUCUGGACCUUCCUAGAGCGACUGCCAGUCGGUUGACAUAAAAGGCGUAUUCGGGAGAUGUUCCAUUUUUAUUUUUUUUCUCACUUUCGCUCUCUCUUCUCACUAAUUGUUGUUAAUUGCGAAUGGUCUCAUCGAUGUUUUCUGCCAUCUUGUAUCAUCUGACAUAUAUGUUUGUGUGUGGUGUGUGGUUGUUAAUACGCCUUAUCAUUGAAGGGAUCAGAUAGUGAGCCAAAUCGAGCACUGCAGCUGAGGCCAUUCUUCCCACGAGUUACGAGCGAAGCAUCUCGCGCUGUUAGAUCUGUCAAUAGAACAUAGCACCGUGAAGCGAGAUAUGAUGUCAUCAAAACCAACGUAGUAGCAACAACCUAGAAAAGCCCCAAGCUGAAGCCCAGACCACAACACUAUAAAUAAGUGCACGAUCAAUAUAAAGGUGGAUACAGCGAUC